GCUCGUAAACGCUUUAUAGCUUAAAAACACUUUGUUUGUGUUAGUAGUAAAAUCACUACUUGAUUAUAAUUUCUUUAUCUCGAUGGUUUAUGUUAUUAAUGAUGGUAGAUGGUAAUCAAACGAUAUGAGAGACUUAAGGAAGUUUGACGGUCACUUACGCCCUCUUACAGGAACAGUUUCAUCUAAAAUUAAAUUCAUUGUUUACAAAACUUGUAUAACGUGUUCCAGAAGUUUAGGUAUUAACUUAGAAUGACAACACAACUUUAUUAUAUCAAGCUGUAUUUGUAUAGGUCGUUUCACAAUGCACAUCGUGAUUAAGCAGUAUUUACAUGCAUUAUAAUGUUUAUAUCACCCUAUUUGGAUAAAACAGUUUACAUACAGUGACGACAUAAACAAUUAAACAUCCGAGAUUUGCUGUAUGGUAGGCUAUAUAUCAAGAAGUAAACAUAAGAAGCUAAAAACAAGCUAUAAAAGACAGUAAGUCUUUAAAUUUAUGCCUAAAAUCUUCUUUUGGUUACACACGGUAGAAAAAACUCCGGUUUGGGAUGACAUAAAGAUAUCCACCCAAUCCGGUUAAGCGUGUGUGAGAACGCUCUCUACUGACGCAGAAGGUACAGAUACAGUGGGUCUGGACUGGAAACCAGAAUUUAAGUUGCUAUUGGUCUGUUUGAGGCAGUACAAUGGCAGAAGCCAGCAUUUCUCAGGAUAAGCUCAUGUGUCCAGUGUGUCUGGAUGUCCUGAAGGAUCCAGUGACCAUUCCCUGUGGACACAGUUACUGUAAGAGCUGCAUCACAGGCUGCUGGGAUCAGGAGGAUCAGAUGAGGGUCUACAUCUGCCCUCAGUGCAGACAGACCUUCAGUCCUAGACCUGCACUCAAUAAAAACACCAUUCUGGCUGCGAUGGUGGAGAAACUAAAGAAGAAUAAAGUGCAAACUGCGGCUGUUGGAGCUCAGGAUGUGCAGUGUGACAUCUGUACCGACAGAGCCGUCAAGUCCUGUCUGGUGUGUCUGAACUCCUACUGCCCAAACCACCUGCAGCAACACGAGAGCCUCUUCAAAACAAAGAGACACAGGCUGAUGGAGGCCACCGGACAACUGCAGGAGAUCAUCUGCCCUCAGCACGAUAAGAUGCUGGAGAUUUACUGCCGUACUGACCAGCGGUGUGUGUCUUAUGUUUCUAUGAUGGAGGAGCACAAACAUCACAACAUCGUGUCAGCAGCAGAAGAAAGGACUGACCAACAGAGACACUUGGACAAGACAAGACGAAGGUUCCAGCAGAGAAUUCAGGAGAAAGAGAAGGAGUGUGAGGAGCUAAGAGACGCGAUGGAGUCUCAUAAGCGAUCUGCACAGACAGCAGUGGAGGACAGUGAGAGGAUCUUUACUGAGCUUAUCCGCUCCAUUGGAAGACGCGGAUCUGAGCUGAUACAGCUGAUCAGAGAUCAGAAAAAGGCUGCAGUCAGGCGAGCUGAAGGACGACUGGUGCAACUGGAGCAGGAGGUCAAUGAUCUGAGAAGAAGAGAAGCUGAGCUGGAGCAGCUUUCACACACACAGGAUCACAUUCAGUUCCUGCAGAGUUUCCCGUCCCUGUCUGGAGCUCUUGGAUCUACAGACAUAUCCAGCAAUGCUGUCGGUUCUCUCAGCUCGUUUGCUGAUUUAGUAAAAUCUGUUCAUCAGCUGAGAGAGAAACUGGAGAAUUUUUACAGAAAGGAAAUGAAGAAGAUAACGGUUCGAGAACCCAAGACCAGAGCAGAUUUCCUCCAGUAUUUCUGUUGGUUAACUCUGGAUCUGAACACAGUGAAUAAACAUCUCUGUCUGUCUGAGGGGAAUACAGUCAUCACAUCCGUAUCCUGCUCAUCCGGACAGAUUUGAUUGUGAGCUGCAGGUAAUGUGUAAAGAGAGUGUGUACAGACGCUGCUACUGGGAGUUGGAGUGGAGUGGGACAUGCGUCUGUAUGAACUCUGUCCUUUUACAGCGUCUCUGACACAAUGAACCUCAUUCACAAAGAACAGGCCACAUUCACUCAGCCACUCUAUCCGGGGUUUUUAGUCAGGUCCAGGUCGACAUUGAAACUCUGUGAUCUAACAAUAUAAACAAUACAGAGAUUCAUAGGAAAGCUUUUAGCUUUAAAAGUAGAUGAGUUGAGAACAAACUUUGAGUUGGCUUGAGAAAGCCUAGCCUGAAAGUUUGAAGUGUUUGUAAAAGUAUGAAAGCACAUUGCUUGCAUGAUUUAACAUGUUUUAGCAUGAUUAGCCUGUUGUUUGCAUUUUUAUAGGCUGAUUACAAUGUUGUUAGCAUGAUUAGUAUGUUGUUAGCAUGUUGCUAACAUGCUGUUAGAAUGAUUAGCAAUUUUAUAGCAUGAUUAUAGCAUGAUUAGCAAGUUACUAGCAUGUUGUUAACAUAAUUAGCAGGUUACUAGCAUGUUUAUAACCUGAUUAGCAUGUUGCUAGCAUGAUUAUGUUAUUAGCAUGUUGCUAGCAUG